GUUCGCUGGCUAACCUGUAACCCUCUACUUCAAGGCUGACGUCGGCUCGGAAACUGCAGUUUGGCUGCUCUCACUGCACAGAGGAGCAAGUGGACCUGAGGCAAGGAGGCCCAACGUGAGAUAUGUCUGUCAUGGUGAGGACGCCGCCGCUGCUGCUGCUGCUGCUGCUGCUCCUGCUGCUCUGGGCUGUGCCCACAUUCCAGAAUGACAACGUAAAGGUGGUUUCAGCCUACAAGGGGAUCGGAGAGAUGUGUCAAUACAAUUCUGAGUGUCAGAGCAACUGCUGUGUCACCAACAGCCUGAACCCACAGAAAUUCUGCACCCCCCAGACGGUGUUUUUGCAAUGUGUGCCCUGGAGGAAGCCAAAUGGGUACCUCUGUGAAGAAAAGGCAGAAUGCCACAGCAACUGUUGCAUCAGGACUAGCAACAACCCAGACAAGUUCUGCUCAGCAAAGUCCAUCUUCUUGCAGUGUGUGUCUUGGCGCAAGCCCGAAGGGGAAGUAUGCCAAACCCACUCUGAAUGCUGGAGCCUGUGCUGCCUCCCGCUGAGCGAGAACAGCCUUCCCCACUGCACAAAGCGCACCGGGCUCCUGGCCCUCUGCCUGCCCGUGUGAGUGAACAUGAUCUUGUGGGAUACAGAACUAAAGCUGGACUUCAGAGAGCAGAGAAUGCUUUGCUCACAUCCAGACCGUUCCCUUAUUUGGGUUCUGAAAAUCUGUAGGGAUUAGAGAUGUCUGUUGCUUGUUGUUAAUGUGAAUCCCUCGAGUCCCACAUGUGAAGCAUCCGGGGACAGAUCACAGGAUUGCUGCUCUGUUACUACACGUAAAUAAAAACUGCUGAUUGACGAGGA